AUGGAUAAUGAAGAAGAUGCCAUCAGGAUUGAUUUCUUGCAAUUCCUCGAGACUGAUGUAUCUGUUCAUAUCAUGAGUUUCUUGGAUGACCCGGCUGAUGUAGUUCGUGCAAGUGCUGUCUCGCGCAAUUGGCGCCAAUUUGUGAUUUCAAAUGGACUUGCUAAACAUCUCUGCAUAAGGGCCUUCCCCCAACUUUCUGAGGUAGUGAAGAUAACAGAAGUGAACCAAGGAAAGAUGAAUUUGCUCACUUCAGAAGCCAGAAGUGCUCCUGGACUAGACUUUCUCGAGAGGCAGCACAAGAUUUAUGCGUCCCUUCAUCGGACGAUUACGAAAGCAAAAGUUCCCCCGAGAGACUGCAUAGAGACUGCAGUUAGCGCGUCGAGCACUGACCGAAUGCCAGACGAGAGCAUACUGAACACUCUGAAUCCGAGGGACAGGUACAUAAGAACAGCUUCGUACUGGUCGAGCAAAGGGCAGAGUGAUCCUUCUGUGCCCGAGACUUUGGUUUAUAAAUUGAAAGCCGGUAUUUGGGUUAUUACUGAGGUCGAUAUUCAGCCGUUUGAAGCUUUUUUCCAGAUAGGGAGUCCUCUAUACUCUGCAAAGGCUAGUGCUGUUUCACGAUCUUGGCGCCAUUUCGUGAUUGCAAAUGGCCUUUGCAAAAAGCUAUGGUUGAAAAAAGUUCCUCAAGUCAGGUACAUCACAUGUUCAGUCGAAGAAAAUGACGGGAUAAUUAAACUAAUGAACGUCGAAUAUGAAAAAGCCGUCAACUGGGGGACUCUCGAGAUGGAGCAUAAAUUGUUUUCUUCUCUACACCGCCCUUUCUCAAAGCCCGUAACUUCUCCAAAAUGUAUUCUUGCAUUCCCUGUUGGCGCCUCCAGCACUGACCGGGACCCACCCGUGACUAUUAUUAAUACACUCUCUCCCGAGCGGCGUUCUUUCUGGUCGAGCAAAGGAGAAAAUGACCAUAAUGCCCCAGAGUAUCUGUUGUACAGGCUAACCACUAGUAUAAGCAUUGUGACCGAAGUUCAUAUACGACCUCUUGAAGUAUUUUGGGAGAAUGCUCGACCUGUUUACUCAGCAAGGUCAGUGCGGUUUUUGAUGGGUCACCCGAAGUCGGUAGCUGAUGUGGAGAUUGGUAUAUGUCCGAUUGAUCGACCUUCGCUCAACAAGUAUGUGUGGACAUAUGUUUCACUGUGGUUUCCAAUGAAACAGAAAUCAUGCUCGCAAAAAUUCAAGCUGCCAGAACCUGUUAUCUGCAUUGGAGGGAUUUUUUUGAUUGAGCUGCUCGGGAGGGCCCAGAAAGACAAUGCAGAUGGACUGUUUUAUAUACGUUUGGGUCAUGUGAGAGUUAUGGGGCGAACCCUUGAACCAGCUUUCCAUGCUGAGAUGCACUCAUCGGGUGAGCUUCAGCUUAAUUACUACCCUCAAUCGCUAGACUCUGUUUUGCAAAGCUUCUCGGGCGAAAGCAAGGCUGCAGUUCAAGAAAACGAGGAGUUGUGUGUGGAGAUGUCUCAGGGGUUGCUCGAUUUUCUCGAUGAUGACGACGAGGAUAACUGA